GUGACGUGACGGUCAGCGGGGCCGCGAGAGUCUCUGACUGCAGACUUGACCCUGCUCCGUUCCACGGGCCACUAAGCAUAAUGGGGACAAGCCAGGAGGUCUGGUUCGUCUUCGGCUUCUGUGGCUUUGGGCAGCUGCCUGGCUCCGGCCAUGGACACCAGGUUCUGCGCCCCGAGCGGCUGCCAGACGCCGAAGUUUGCCGUGUGAGCGCCGGCUGGAGCUACACUGCCGUGCUGACCCGUAGCGGCCAGGUGCAGCUGUCUGGCUCAGUGGACGGCGUGGCGAGCGGCUGCAGGGACGUGUGGGCCUCAGAGGAGCUGCUGGUGCUCCUGCGAUCACGGUCAGGCCCGGGGCCGCGCACUGAGCUGCAGGCCUGGAUGCCUGCAAAGGCGCUGCGUGGGGAGCCCCUCUGGACCCGGCUCCUGGACAGCGAAGGUGACAGCGAGCUGGACCCCGGAGGCGAUGGUGACGGUCACCCUGGACUGCUGCCCCUGCUGCCCGGUGCCCGAGCCUACGUGAGCCCGCAGCCACCCCACUACCUGUCGCUGGGCCCUGAGCUGCGGGCACGCCGAGUGGAGCUGGGCACAGAGCAUGUUCUGCUACUGGACGAGGCGGGCCAGGUGUUCUCCUGGGGCUCCGGCAGGCAUGGACAGCUUGGCCAUGGGACGCUGGAGCCCACAUCGGAGCCCCGGCUGCUGGAAGCGCUGCAGGGCCUGCGCAUGGCCACUGUGGCCGCCGGAGGCUGGCACUCAGUGUGUGUGAGCGAGUCUGGAGACCUGUAUGCCUGGGGCUGGAAUGAGACCGGCCAGCUGGGCCUGCCCGCGUGGAGCCUGAGGAAGAUGUCAGGUGAGGCCCUGCUGGAUGGUGAAGCCACUGCUGAGGAUAGGACUGAGGGUGCUGGGACCCCCUACAUCUCCGUGCAGCCCUUCCCAGCCCUGCUGGACCUGCUCUGUGGCGCAGAUGCUGUUGCAGCCAGCUGUGGGUCCCGGCACACGGCAGUGGUGACACGAACCGGGGAGCUGUUUUCCUGGGGCUGGGGCAAGUAUGGGCAACUCGGCCAUGGUGACACCGCCAGCUCCGACCAGCCCCGCUGCGUGCAGUACUUUGCGGAUCAGCACCUGCGUGUGCGGAACGUGAGUUGUGGGCCCUGGAGCACGUUUGUCUGCAUCGAGGAGCAGCUGAGCACAGCCCCGGAAGCCAGAGGAGUCAGGAAUCGCCAAGGACUGAGUCUGGCAGCUUCGCGCCCAGGGCUCUGCUCAGCUGCUCUGGCGUAG